GAUAUAACACCAUUUAAAAGAAGUGUUUCGCUUGCAAGAAAUUAUUUACAAAGAAAUCGUGAAGUGAAAUGCCAUAGAAGAGCUAUGGCGCGAACGGUUGGAAUAGUGGUUGUAGCGCUGUUUUUCAUGCUACGAGUCACCACGGCUGCGCGUUUUCCAGACAUAUCGGCUUUCAACGGGUGGUGGUCAAAAGGGGUCCACCGAGAGGAUGAUUCAAAAGGAAACAAAGACGUAGAAGUGGUAUACUUACCAGCGCUAAUACCUCGUGAAGCACAGGUUGCUGAAGAUUCUGCACAAAAUGACGUUCCACUACCUUACAGCUUCGAAGCCUUCGGGAAGAACUUCGACCUCCAACUCUUACCGAAUAGGCGACUCGUGUCUCCUCAGUUCCGAGUAUGGUCUGAGGACGGCCCCGAGGCCCCCUUGUCGGUUCCCGAUUCUUCUUGCCACUUCCUUCACAGUGGCCCUGGGGCCGUCGCUGCAUUCUCCGCUUGUAGAGACCAUGCUCUACACGGUCUUAUCUUGACUGAUAAUUCCACAUAUGAAGUGCGACCUUUAAAGACUGGAGAAGGAAGGUCAGAACACGGGAAACAUCAUAGAGAUCGCAGGGCUCAUAUCAUCCGUCGUGCGACUCCGCCUCUUAUGACUGUCAACGAUGACCGUCCACUGAGACACAGAGCUCGUCGCCCCCGUCUCAAUAUUAACAAACCACCGCCUUCUUCCUACACUGUCGAAAUAGCACUGUUCCUGGACGAAGCCGCUUACAAAAUAUUUCAUCCUCAUCUAAAUUACAAUGAGGCUGAUUUACGAGAUAUGUUGUUGGCGUACAUUAAUGGGGUGCAGGCCUUAUAUCACCAUUCAUCUCUGGGGACCCGUGUUCAGCUGUCUCUGGUGAGACUAACUUUGCUUCGGACACAACCAGCGGCUCUAUCGUUGCAGGCGGAGCGCGGUCGUUUGUUGGACUCAUUCUGCGCAUACCAGCGAUCGCUGAACGUAGAUGAUGACGACGACCCUGAACAUUGGGAUAUGGCUUUAUUACUUUCUGGGUUAGACUUUUAUUCAGAGGAAGGAGGUCGUCGGAAUGGUGUGACGAUGGGUCUAGCUCCUGUGGGAGGAGUUUGUCUCCCGGCACACGCGUGUGUCGUCGCUGAGUUCGGAGCCGCGGACACACUCGGGAGACCGUAUCCCUCUGCUGGGUUCACAUCCGUCUACAUUCUAGCACAUGAGAUCGGACACAAUCUGGGCAUGCAUCAUGAUGGGACUGGUAAUGCGUGUUCUCGCGACGGCUACAUCAUGUCUCCAUCGCGCGGCACCAACGGCGAAGCGACCUGGUCACACUGCAGCGCACAAGUCGUCGCUGACUUGAAAUGGGCAACAUGUUUAUUCGAUGGCGGUGAUGAUCCAGACAUACCACCACAACUAGAGCAUGAGAGGUUUGGUGACGCCCCGGGACUUGUUUGGGUCGCGAAGAAACAGUGCGAAGUGCUCCUCCGCGAUAAGGACGCGACACCAGCGUCUCCAGAACCUGGUGUGAGUGUGUGUAUGCAGCUGGCGUGUAGGACUCCUCACCGAGCAGGGUUUUAUUACGCCGGACCCGCGCUCCCAGGAACACCCUGCGCACCGGGGAAGUGGUGUCAUGGCGGGGAGUGCGUGGCUGCUGAUCCUACAGUGGCAGCCCUGCCUCCGGUAGUGAGUGACAGCGGCAGUACCUGGAGUGAGUGGUCUUCAGGAUCGUGUCGUUCAGGCUGCACACUGGAGGGCUUAGGAGCGGUGGAGAAACGACGCACUUGUCCUCAGAACGCAAUUUGCGAAGGACCUUCUUAUGAUGUGGCACUUUGUGAUGAUUCGAAGGUGUGCGGUAAGAAACGGCGCACAAGUGCGAGUGAGUUGGCCGGUCGUCGAUGUGCUCAGUACGCAGCGCGCAUCCCAGCUCUUGAUGCAAGAGGAGGUGGUCUACAGGCGCCUCAUGAUCCUACUCGCAUGUGGAUGGGAUGCGCGAUCUUCUGUCGUCGUGCGAGCGGCGGCGGGUUCUACGCGCCUCGGGUUGAGCUGAACGAUGCUGGACUGGAUCCUUACUUCCCCGACGGCACGUGGUGCCAUCACGACGGACAGAACCACUACUACUGCCUUCAACACCACUGUUUGCCAGAGAAUUUCAAGAUGUCAGCUCAGUACCACAUCUGGGAGUUACCGAGCGAGGAUGUCGGUGGAUCUUUCAACGCCAGGGCACGCGCGGCGCCUGAUGACGGAGCCUCUGCAGCCCUUCGUGCUUACAUGACCCUGGACGACGCUGGAGCACCUCUCUUCAGAGCCGCCAUACCACCACACAUCCCAGAGGAGCCUGAGAGCGACUGGGAAGUAAUUGAUUACGUCGAAAUACCAGCCAGAAACAACACAGAUUGAACACGGAUCAACCAUGGAGUUUUCUUGCCAAUAUGUCUAGUGGCACAUAAGUGGUGACGUCCUUAGUGAUGUUCGUGCAUUUAUUACUUUUAGAUAUUUAAAUCGAUUGUUUUAUGAAAUAAUAUAUUACAUAAUAUACGAUAUUCAACAAAAUUAACGUAUACUUAUACAAAAAUUAUUUAGUUAAUUAAAAUAGAGUUUAUUUCUAUGUAGUUAAUGUUGCAAUUAUAGAACGAGAACUUCAAUUAGUUAUUACUAAUGUAAUGUGCAGAAAGUAAUGUAUUUCCUUAAAUAGCGUUAGUUUAAUAUUAGUACCGUACAUUUUACCUACAAGUGCACUAGUCGUUAGAAUAAGAAUAAAUUUUAACCUUAGUAAGUAAUGAUGUUAUCAUUGAAUAGAAAAUAUAUAAAAUAUUGUAUUCCAGAAGAUAGAAUAUAAUGUUUAUUUAUGACCACUGAUCAAAUUACUGGGAAAGACAAUAAUGAAUAAAGAUAAUAAUGAAUUAAUA